AUGGAGAAUGAUUUUAUUCCCGGUGCUGAACCAGAAGAUAUCAAAUGUUUUCUUCAUAAUAUUGGUUUAAUAACGGUUGAUGAAUAUUAUGCACAAAUGAAACAAAUAUUAAAACAACAACGAUAUUCAUCAAAAAUUACACAUGAACAAAUGCAAAGAAAGCUAAUUGAAAAUGGUAUUUUUAAAGAUAAUCUAUCUAAAAAUACACCAUUAUUAUGUCCACGAAAACGAACAUCAUUUUCUUUAGUUUUAACGCGUAAACGAGGUAACAAAAAAGGAAACAAUUUUCUUUGCUAA